AUGGGGGUUCCUGGAAACGUCUUGGAACCAGGUCUCGUUGACCUCCAUCAGAUCAGCCCACUCCCACCAGUGGCCCCGCCUCCAGAUGACUCCUGGGAAUGGGAUGAAACUGAUAUGACAAUCACAGAGCCUCAAGAAGAAGAUCCUGACCUCAUGCACAACCUCCCCUUCGAACCAAAUCUGCCUUUGGACGGCCAUCUAUCCAAUGGGAAUCAACCCAAUGGGAAUCGUACCGGUGUCACAGCCUAUCAGAGUCAUGAGAUGAUGACCCAUGUGACUCUUCCUCCUAACAACAAUAAGGUAUAUCAGGUGUACAGCCUCCAUAGUGUCGAGUUAUACAGACAGCCUCCGUUUCCUUCUACGUCCUCCGUGUUGCACAAAACCAAAUCAGGAAAACGGAAACAGCACAUUCUGCUGAAGAGCCUGAGUAAGGACUCUUCCUUUUCCUCCAUCGAAUCCCUGCCGGACAUCCUGGGUGGUUUGAUGCCACCAAGCCAAGGAGGAAACGUUGGAUACCGGGACGGGGAGAGUGGUAGAGGAAGCGGUCAAUCGGCGAGCAGUCGACGGUCAGAAAGCGAAAGUGGGAUCGUAAGUGAUACCGGAGACACGGAGACGACGACGACAACCUCCGAAAUCCAGGAAGAGGAUCAGGGAGAAGGAGAUGAGGACGAAGAAGGAAGGAAGUAUGAAUCUGUAGAAGGAAGUCAUCUGGGUCUGCACAAAGACGGGGGCACCAGGUACAACCAAAGAACCAAGAGAGAGGAAAGUACGAAGGAGAAAGUAUGGAGAAGAGAGGAUAUCAAAAGAAACAGAGAGGACGAAAAGAGGAGGAAGCACCGGAGAGGUGAGGCGGUCGAGAUCUUAAUCAACGGGCGAGGAAUCCUGACUCCUGCAGACUCUGAUUCGGACUUUGAGGUAGGAGGCCCUGACUUUACGUCCCACAGUGACUUCACGGGGUUCAAAGUUGAUCUUAAAGCUACAGGAACUCCUCCUGCUCUCCGCCGCCAAACAUCCAGUCCAGUAUUAUCUCAGAGCUCCUCGUUGGAGUCCCUUCUGGCUCUGGGCGGGGACUUAUUCCCCUCCAAAGACCAGCUGCAUCGUAGCGCCUCUUUGGAGAGUUGCCUGGUACCGUGUCGUAGCGGUGAAGAUACCGGCGGAAGCAUGGCCAGCCUCGGGGAGCUGGAUCUGGGGCACAACAAAGAGCUGGAUGGAGGUGAACCGGGAAAGGAGAAGAUGAACAAAAGUGCUCGAGGAGAACCGUCCUCUGGAGAGCUGAGCCGAAGAACUCUGGAUCUCCUGAAACGCCUGGAGAACAUCCAGAGUCCUCUCGUGGCGAACAUGACCCGCAGUGUUUCUGACAUGACGCUUCGGAGCAGCUCCAAUCAGAGAAGCAGAGUCCCGGCCUCGCCCUCCCUCGGUGGGCGCCACUCCCCCCUUUCUGGGAUUUUAAGAUCUUCAAGGAAAGGACCGCCAUCCCUGAUCAACGAGAGCUCUGCCACAGCAUCUCUGACGGAGCUGAGCAGCAACGAAGACUCUUCUUUAGGCUCUGAGGAUUGCGCCAUGCUCGGAAAUCAACGCCAUCUCUUCCUGGAUCCCACAAUGCCCGCCAACGCCAACUCAGGACACUGCUGUUACAGGAAACAAUGCCAGGGCCACGGCCGAGGAGGGCAAGGGAUGGAUGAAGCAGAUGCGGCGAGUUUGAGUCUCGUCGUGAACGUCUCCUGUAAGUCAGCGUGCACAGACGAAGACGAGGACGACAGCGACCUUCUGUCUUCCUCCACGCUCACACUCACUGAGGAGGAGCUGGGCGUUCGUGACGAAGAGGAAGAAGAAGAAGAAGAAGAAGAGGAGAGGUUGAGCGGUGCCUCGUCUGGUAACGAUGAUGACGAAGAGGAGAUGGAGGGGUCGUAUGUUCUGGGGCUGGAGUACAUGAAGAGGGAGCUGCAGAGUUGGUUCCGAUUUCCCCGAACUUCCUCAUCUUCCUCCUCCUCUAAAACCGAGGCGGGCCUCAGGGAUGAGCUGCAGUGUGGGACCAACCUCACCUCCGCGCAAAACAAGGAGCAGCACUGCUUCCAGAACCGCUCGAAAUGUGUAGAAAACAACAGCAACAACAAAACGAAAAGAGACAACAAGGACGAGGAAGAAGAGGAGAAGAACCGUAGGAACGCAACAAGAAGCUACAUCAGCCAGUUUGUUGACGACGUGGAGAACGGGAACGUGGACCAGAGCUGUUUGAAAGGGAAAGACGAGGACGACGAGCUCCUUAGAGAGGAGGCCAGUGUGUUCACGAAGAAAGGCGAGUCACUGAGGGAGUCUUACAUGUUCGCCAAAACAGAGGAGGCGGAUCAGGAUGUUGGCGACUGGGUGAAAACAGAAGCUACGAAGCAGCUUUCUCCGUCACCGUCCUGCGAUCUCAGUCCCUUCCUGUCCAAAACGUCUUCGUCUUUAGUCGGACAACUGAGAGGGGAGUUGCCCUGUCAAAGCUCCUCCAUCCCGACGCCUCCUUCCCUUUCUCCUGUUGAAAACUGCAUAUCCCAGGAUGCCUUGCACAACAGCAGGCCAGAAACCAAGGGGCGGAAAGCCAUCACCAGUCAGGAGAAGUUCAAGUUCUCGUCUUUUGUGACGGAGGAAACGAAGAGGGAAGUUCGAGAUAAAGAGUCUUCUCGGCCUCCUAAGAAACGGCACGAUUCUCACUCGUCCUGCUGCGACCGCCUGCCCUCUUCCCUCCAUCCACGCAGUGAAGAGGAGGGAAAGAAAGACAGCGUGCAUGACUUCGUGAGGGAGAUUAUUGACAUGACUUCACUGGCGUUGAAGAGCAAAGAGAACCGGUCGGAAGAACCGAACGAAAACCGGUCCGUCCCAGACCAAAGUCCUGCGUCUGCAAAGAUCAAAAACAAGAUCCUCGAGCACUCCCACCGGCCUCUCCACCUUCGUAAGGGAGACUUCUACUCCUACCUGUCUCUCUCCUCUCACGACAGCGACUGUGGCGAGGUCAGCGAAUGCUCCGAGGACAGGAACCCCUCUCCGACUCCGUACGACAUCCCGUCGUACGUGACGCCGACACAAGGCCUCCACAGCCCCGACCUGUUCACCAGCACCAGGCAGCAGCUGUCCAACUCAGCCCCGUCUUCCAGGCAAACGUCGCCCGGCUUUGAAUCGAGGAAAAACUUCUGUGCUCUGGAUUUGAAGUCUGGAAGCCCUUCCAUAUCUCUGCCUGCUAGCCCGGAGUUUAGGGACGAGGAGACGCUGUUCUCCGCCUGUACGGAGGAGGUGUACCUGGGCCCGCCUCUCUGCUACAGCAUGGAGCUCACAAAGAAACCACCGCGCUUCCUACUGAAGGAGAACCUGGACUUUCUGCCCUCUUUGGACUACGAUUUGAACAGUGUAGCUAGCUUGCCUCGUCCACAACAACUCCACGACAAACCAGGUGAUAGUCAGGUGUCUCCCUCAGAAGAUAGAGACCACCUGUACUUCCAACAGUCCACAGAGGAAUCUCUCAGCUCCAUCCUGGGUCCUUUUCAUGUCUCCUUCUCCAGCUACUCCUCUCUCCAGGGGCCCGGCUCCAAACCAAAAGCCGACAACCCUUCCUCCCUUCCUCCCGCUGGGGACAGGAAGCGAGGUGAGGACCCGAACCUCCUCUGCGAUGUCGCUGGGGGAGAAGAAGUCGUGGCCAAUACGAGUGUCAUCUUGCCGCGAGAGGAAAGGAGUCGUAAUGAGGGCUCUCCUUAUCUUAAUCCCCGGGUGCGUGUCGGCCCGAUAGACUCCUCCGCAGACCAAUGUUUGGCAGAUACUGAAACGCUCAAAUCCAAUAUGGGCGCCGUAAUGACCAAGAUAAGUGUCUGCGGCUCCGCUACAAAUCCCUCAAAAGAGCCAGCCACCGCCACCACCACGCGGAUUAAUCCCAAAAUUAACCGCUCGCUGAUGAGAGAGGCAGAUAGGGAGGAGGGGGAGAGGCGAGGAGAGGUGGAUACUCGACGGGUGAGGAGAGGGGGGAACGGCUCGCAGCAGGAAGGGAGAACAGUGACGGAGAAGCAGGUGACUUCUACCUUCAGUAAGGUGUCUGAGGACUCCCUGCAGUAUCUGUCGGUUAAUCCUUGCAGCAAAUACUUUCUGAUUGACACAGUUAGGCCGCGAUAUGAGCCGGUUCAGUGUGAACAAGUGAAGCCGGGGCAGCUCCUCUUCACGCAGUGUUGCUGGAUCUCUGUGGAUAUAAGUGGAUAUACUGGGAAAAGAAUGGACCUUUGCAUUGGGAAGAAACCAGCAGAGAAGUUUUCCCUGCAGCAGACUGUGGAGGACUGCAAGGUGCACGAGACUCACAGGAUGACGUUCAGACAG